ACGGCCCUUGUUCGUAUUGCCACCACCGAAGGAUCAGUGAUCCGAAGUGCUCGAAGAACCAUCACAUCUGAUCAUCUGUUUAAUCAUCGGCGAUUCGUAGCGCAUACAGGACGCAAAAUAACAUAAGUGAUGUCAACUGUAGCCCGACUGUAAAUUACCUACAGUGAACUGUUGUGAUCGUGAUCGUGGCGACAGUAUCCUUGCAUCCCUCGAGCAAUGAUUGCGAGAGGCGUACCCCAACACGGUGCAGUUGAACGGUGAACGCGUUCUCGUGAUUGAACAUUGGCCCCGGCAUUGCGGCAACAUGAAGUGGAAGUAGUCCAAGAAAGCCCAAGAGCCUUUCAAGAGCAGAAACUGUCUGUGUUUUUCGUGGCAUAAGUGUGCUGGCAUCCACUUCUUCUGCAGUGCGCGGUCUGCGUUUCACCGAAGGCCCACAGUACGAAAUCAGUGAUCAGCUCCAGCGACAAGGUCACACACAGCUCAUAGCGGCCGAACAUUGGAACUCGGCCAAACCGAGGUGUGCAGCAAUUUCCAUUCAUCGAUCAGCAGUUGUGCCGCGGUCCAGUUCAGUCUUUGUGGAUUGUGCAGCAGCAGUAACAGUCAGCAGCUUCUGGGCUUUAAAUCGGAUCAUCGGAGUGUUUUCAUCCUGGCGAUGAUUUGGCGAUCCCGGAAGGACACCAUGCGUCGGAUCGGGGCAGAUCGGAUCGAUUUCGUGAUUCUGUUCGUGAUUGCCGCCACUGCUUCGCUACUAUCCGAUGUGUCCGCAACAGCCUGGGGCAACCAGUACGACUACUAUGGCCAGCCGUCGGGUGCCCCCCUGUAUCAGUUCAAUCAGCGUAUCGACCACUAUCGACCGGAACCGGCAACACCGGCGACAAAGGUGGCUGGCGGGAUUAACUGCCGCUGUACGAAGCUACGCUACUGCUCCAAGAUACUGGAAAUGCUGCGAAAUCCCAAGCCAAGCUACGGCAAUUUCAAUGCGAAACUGAAGGAACUAGCCUGCGGGUACGGGAGUGACAACGAACCGAACGUUUGCUGUCCACUCGACGACAGCUGGCUCCGGGAUACAGAUUACGAUGGUGACGACGGCCACCAGUACGGGGGCCAUGACGAUCGCGAUUCGUCACAAGCGAUCGGUUGGGAUGAAGGUUACACUAACCGCAGACCAGCAGCGGCAGCAGCACCAGACCGGUGGUCCAAGGAACCGGAGCCGGUGCGACAGAAGUAUGUUCCGGCAACGCGAAAACGUGGCCAAUCGGUGAACCGCGGAAAACAGCGCGCACCCGGCGGUAACACUAUCGCCCAUUUCGAGGAUCCAAAGACGAUGAAAAACUGUCCUCCGGUCAUUUUUCCGGAGGAGGAGAACGAUGGCGCUGCUGGGCGUCCCUCGAACGUGUACAUCGCUCCCAUCAUGCGAAGCACAACGAGCACGACCACGCAACGACCGGUGAAUCCGUUGGGUAGUGAUCGCGUUGCUCUGACAACUGGAACCAGCAUCACGACCCUACCGGCGCUUACUACGACAAAUUUGCUUCCAACGACGAUGGAAGCUACGCUGACCACGUUACUACCGACGAUAGUGCCCGAUACUCCGAUGAUCAAUGCACCACUCUGUGGACUGUCGGUCAACACGCGCAUCAUUGGCGGAGAAUCGGAGGUUCCCGGGCAGUUCCCAUGGAUGGCACGGUUAGCGUACCGGAAUCGAACAUCCGGACGGGUGACAUACCGAUGCGCGGGCUCACUGAUCACGAACCGGCACGUCAUUACGGUGGCUCAUUGCGUCAGCAAUCUAAUCGACGAACUUGAAAUUGUGAGCGUGAGGUUAGGUGACCUGGAAUGUAAUGCGGUGACGGAUGAACGGUGCCGAGCCCGGUUCCAGAACUUUGCCAUCGAGCGCAUAAUUCCGCACGAUCGCUACGAUACGCCAAAGUAUGCGAACGACAUCGCGCUCAUUAAGCUGCAGGAGACGACGGAAACGUCCAACAUCAUCAGUCCGCUCUGCUUACCGCUCGAUCAGUACGCACCGUACGCGCUCAAUCUGACGGGCCAGAUGGGCAUCAUUGCCGGAUGGGGAUCAACCAGCAAUCGAAGCAACGUGCCAAGCCCGACACUCCAGUGGCUCCGGUUACCGAUCGUAGAUACGGCCGCCUGUGCCACCUCCUACGCCCGGUACAGUGUCAACACGCGCAAUCCAAUCAUCGUGAGCGGGAAUCAGAUGUGUGCGCAGGGACAGGAAAAUCGGGACGCCUGUCAAGGUGAUUCGGGUGGGCCGCUCAUGAACGAGGCCGUGUCGUCGCGCGAUCGCUUCGUACUGCUGGGCCUGGUAUCGUUCGGACCUCGCUCUUGUGGGGUUUCCAACUUUCCCGGCGUCUACACGCGCAUUUCGUCCUACAUCGACUGGAUAUUGGCCAAUAUUGUUCUUUAGUACCGAGAGCGGGUCCGAAAGCGAAAUAGUUUGUGAUCGGGGUCAAACCACCGAUGCAUGGCAGGGAGGGGGAGGGGGCGGAUGCUAGGAACGCUGACGUUUCUCAAUUAGUUCUAUAAGCGGGAAACAGAUCACGAAUCUUGUCGCUGAGUCGCAAAAACUA